AUGGCAGAAAUCGGACCAGCUCUUGAACUCUUCCGUUUCAUCCUCAGCACUCUGGGCCAAAUCCAACUAGCACGCAACUUUGAAGAUGACUUUGAAGCGUGCCAACUCAAGCUCGACAUUCUCCAACUUCGCCUUUCCCGCUGGAAGGAAGUCGUUGAUCUUACCAGCGACAAGGAUCUCGACACUCCAAAAGUUAACGAUGGCAAAUCACAACCCAGAGGCAUCAAGGAGGUGCUUGACGAGAUCGAACAUUGCUUGGAUCGAUACAAGCGCAAUUCCAGGCGCGACAAAGACGGGUUGACCAAGGAGAACCAAGAAGCACUCGAGCCUGAAUCAAAUCUGCCGUCCGACAUUAAAAGCAUUCGGCGUCGGCUGAUGCAGUGCAUCCGCAAGCGUCAGUCCCAAGCUUCAACCACAAUCCAAGGUUUGAAGUGGGUCUUCUACAAGAAAGAAGUCUUUGAUCAGUUCAUAGGAAGCAUGACGGAGCUUCUUGAUGAGCUCGAGAAGAUUGCCCCAGGUGAUGAUCACGAACAGCUGUACAAGCUUAGUGAGGAGGAGUGUGGUGAUAUUACCAAGAUGAACCUGUUGACGCUGAAGGAAAGCAUCGAGGGAUGUGAUCCAUGGCUUUCCGAGUCUGUGGAUAAGAAGUUGCAGGGGGGUCAGGCUGGUACACAGAACAUCUACCAGUCAAACAACCGGGGUUUUACAGUUGGGAAUCAUAAUGGGGAUAACAAAGGUUUCACAGUGGGCGAGGGGAAUACUCUAACUAACCACUUCUAA